CUUUUAACCCUAUCACAGUUCCUGUGAUGAUACUAGCUGACAACACUAUGUGGAGUUUGCUUGUGGGCCUAGCUUUAGUGUGGAUUUCUGGCGCUGACUCUCAGUCCUUUACUGAGCGCCAACUAACGCCAGAAAGCGCAGCGCUGGUCCAGUCGUUCAGGACAUACUUGUCUAGUGUCGAGAGAGACAAGCGAAAUGAACUGGAAAGAAUCGGAAGGGCAGCAUCUAACGCGAGCGAUCCGACGUGUAGCCUCCUCUGUACGGACAGGAAAGAUUGCGGAAACAUCAUUCAAAACUUUGGUCUCUAUCUGGAUCCAAAGUCAGCAGUGCGGAUGUGUAAGUCGGGAGCAAAAAAUAUCCUGGUCCAGAGCAAUUACGACACCUCGCCAUAUUGCCAGUACCUGCAGUCUCAUUUUAACAUCUGUGAAAACAAGACUGCGGUGAUGGAGAUUGGGUGCCAGUUUACCUGCGAAAAGUGCAAAGUCUGCGAUGACGACGAGUGUAAAUGCAGUAAAAACUCGAUCGGUGGUUACGUGGACGGGCGCUAUGUCUGUAAAUGUAACAAAGGGUUCCGAGGGGACGGCUUCACCUGCAUAAAUAUCAAUGAAUGUAAAGAGAACACCCAUGACUGCCACAAAACACGAGCCAAUUGUACCGACCUGACACCCUUCUGGAAGUGUGCCUGUAAGGAAGGGUACAGCGGGGACGGCAAGGAGUGUGAAGAUGUGAAUGAGUGUACGACAGAGGCGUUUCCACCCGGCAAAGCCUGUGACACAUAUGCGACAUGCACCAACACCAUUGGGAGCUAUUAUUGCACUUGUAACCAGGGAUUUACUGGAAAUGGUUAUUUUUGUGAAGACAUACCUGAAUGUGACAGAGGAACGGACAAGUGUGCUCGUGCGUCUGAUGGCGUCACACGGAUAGCCAGCUGUACUAACACGUUUGGGUCAUACAGAUGCAACUGUAGUGAGGGUUAUAGAGAUGUUAACAACCCAAAAGACGGAAAGAAUUGCACCGAUAUUGAUGAAUGUAAGGAGGGAACCCACAAUUGUGAUAGAAGGAAAGGAACUUGUACAAACACUAUCGGAUCAUUCAAAUGUCACUGUAACAAAGGAUAUGAAGGCGAUGGAGUUCGCUGUUUCUGGAAAAACCCAUGUACCCAAGGAACACAUGACUGUUCAGAGAACGCUAGAUGUCUCGCACAGUCUGAUGAAACACAUGAGUGUGAGUGUUUGGUUGGCUACAAGGAUUACGCGGCUGAAAAGGGGACAGACUGCAGAAACAGAAAUGAGUGUGCGGAUGGUUCACAUGGCUGUGACAAGAACACGACCAGAGCGACGUGCACGGACUUGGUGGGCAGCUACAAGUGUUCCUGCAACAAGGGAUGGGAAGGCAAUGGGUUCCCCAACUGUAGAGAUAGAAACGAAUGCAUUGAUGGUUCACAUUUGUGUCGAGGAAAGGCAUCUUGUGUUAACACACUUGGAUCUUACGAAUGCGCAUGCCCCGUCGGUUACAGACUGACUGAGGACGGGAGAAGUUGUGUGGACAUCAAUGAAUGCCGCGAGGAAAGCGACAAUUGCCACUCAUAUGCCACUUGCACAAAUACGCAGGGAUCUUUCUUCUGUACUUGCAAUACUGGGUUCGAGGGUUCUGGAGUACUCUGUAAAGAUAUCGACGAAUGCUACAAGAGAACAGCAAAUUGUGAUGCACGUGAAUUCUGCACCAACACAUUCGGCUCUUAUAAAUGUUCAUGUAAAACAGGAUUUGAAAGAAACGAAAAGACCGGGAAAUGUGACGAUGUCAACGAAUGUGAAAGGCGAACCGAUAACUGCAACAAAACCUACACCUAUUGCAAAAACACUAUUGGAUCAUACUCCUGCUUAUGUAAGACCGGCUUUGAGCCGUGGAGCAACGAUUGUAGAAAUAUCAACGAAUGUCUCAGAAAUACUCACGAAUGUUCUGCACACGCCUCAUGCACAGACACGUGGGGUUCAUACACCUGCUCGUGUAGGACUGGCUUUGAAGGAAAUGGUAGAAUUUGCAAUGAUACUGACGAAUGCAAAAGGAAGACAGAUAACUGCCCGAACCCCCGGCCUCCUGGAAUUUGUACCAACACUAUUGGCUCCUUUAGGUGUUCUUGUCGCAUAGGCUACAAAUACCAAAACAACAAAUGCAUAGACAGAAAUGAAUGUUUACUUGGAACGCACACAUGUGGGGGCUCGACUUACUGCUUUAACACUAUAGGAUCAUACGAAUGUCGCUGUAGGAAAGGAUUUGAGAUGAAAAACAACAGAUGCGUUGAUAUAAAUGAAUGCGUGAGAGGGACCCACACGUGUGACAAACGACCAGGUGCUUCAACUUGCACAAACACCAUUGGAUCCUAUACCUGUAAAUGUAACACUGGAUAUGAGGGAAACGGUCACAUCUGCAAAGAUAUCAACGAAUGCGAGAGAGGCACUCAUAAUUGCCAUAGCCAGGCAACGUGUACAAACACCAUUGGCUCCUUUAAAUGCACAUGUAAUGUGGGAUUUGAAGGAAGUGGAGUUGUAUGCAAAGAUAUCAAUGAAUGCAAAAGGAGAACUCAUAACUGCCAUAAGGACUACGGGCUCUGCAAUAACACAUACGGAAGUUUUAAAUGUUGUUGUAAGAAACCUGGAUUUGAAGGCAAUGGAGUCAUCUGUAAAGACAUAAACGAAUGCGUCCGUAACACACACGAUUGUCAUCGCCCCCACGCACAGUGUACUAACACUAUAGGAAGCUUCACGUGUAGCUGUAAGACAGGCUUUGAGGAGAGAAACGAUGGUCGUGUAUGCAUAGACAUCGACGAAUGUAAGAGAAACACUCACAAUUGUCACCGACCCCACGCGAUGUGUGACAAUACGAUUGGUUCCUUUAAAUGUAGAUGUAAGGACGGUUACCGAGGGGACGGAUACACAUGUACACCUGUAAGACCAUGCAGUGAAGGUUCGGAUAAAUGCAGCAAGUACUCGACAUGCACUGACCUGACUCCAGGAGGAAAGUAUAAAUGUGACUGCUACUUUGGUUUCUUUGGAGAUGGAAAUCAAUGCACAGGAAGCAGAGGGAAAAGAUUUCUCGUACUCUUCAUGAAGAAUAUAGAAGAUCCGACAGAAACCAGUCCUCGACCACGCCAUGCUCAAAUAUACAUUGCCUCGCUCAAUAAAACAGACGUGAAAAUCACAACAUCUGACUCGUUAGCAAAGUCAUUGAAGUCCAAAAUAGACCAAACAGUAUCGAUGAACUCAAACUCUGAGAAGAUCGUCAGUAUAUCCCAAAAUGUCCGCGUGAAUGAUGCAGUGGUGGAAAACAAAGCCGUGAUGCUGGAGACGUCAGAGGUGACGUCAGUGUUUGCUCUGAACCAUGAUGGCUACACGUCAGACAGCACACUGGUUCUACCCAUAGACAGACUGGGGCUAAAGUACGUGACACCCUCUACAGAACCCCAUAACAAGCAGCACUCGGAUUAUAACAGUCAGCUCGCUUUUGGAGCGGUUCAAGAUCAAACACGCGUGAAGAUUACACUGAAACUUAACAGUGGGCAAUAUAUCAAAUACGGAGGGAAAAAAAAUCGGGAUGGAGAUAAAAUCAUUGUGACCCUGAACAAAUACCAGACAUUCCAACUCUCACAUAACGGCGAUCUAACGGGUACCUUAAUCAUCUCCUCCAAACCAGUAGCUGUAUUCUCGGGAAAUCGAUGUAACAAACUUAACAGUUUUGGCUUCUGUAGUCAUUUGGUAGAACAAAUUCCCCCCAUGGACAGUCUUGACACGACUUAUAUCGUUCCUCCACAUUUUGAGAGAAGUGGCACUAUGGUCAGAGUGGUCUCCGCCCACACUGGAUCCACCACUUUCUCUUAUACCAUAGACAAGUCCACAAGUACAAAGACUAUCGGAACUUUUGGCAACUUCGACAUCACCGUCUCUGGUAAACAAGCGGUUGUGGUGGACUCCAAACGGCAGGUCCUAGUCCUGAGUUUCGGUCUUGCUGCCCGCAGACAAAAAAAUGGCGACCCUUACAUGACCAUGGUUCCCGGGAUCAAUCAGUAUGUCCACCAGUACCACGUGUCUGUGCCUCAAGGAUUUGAACAGAAUUAUUUUGCAAUCAUGGUGAAGAAAGGCUCCGAAUCAUCACUGCUGUUGGACAACGACAGCAUCAGUUCGAAAAACACUGUAUCGGAAUCUUCAGUGACCGUCAAGGGGCAGGACUACGUUGUUCUGACCGUGAUGGUGAACCAAGGGGUGCACCGAGUGGAAACCAAGGACAGGUCAAGGUUCGGUCUGAUGAUCUAUGGUCACGGCCACGAUGACGGAUAUGGAUUUGCCGCCAACAUCCUGGGUCCUGGAAAACUGUAAAACGUCAAGUAACUUUAAAUUCAUCUCUAGGGAUUCUUUGUAAUUUCUGGGAAGGUUCAAUAAAUAGCUUUAAACGA